AUGGCUCCCUCGGCUCCCGGGACGGCCAGCAACUCGCCGGCCAAGAAGACAUCCGCCCCCGAGAAGAAAUACAAGUGCCAAUUUUGCAAUCGCGCUUUCAGCCGAAGUGAACACCGCAGCAGACACGAACGUUCCCACACAAAAGAGCGACCCUUCAAAUGUUUAAAAUGCCGGAGCACUUUUGUUCGUCGCGAUCUUCUACUGCGUCAUGACCGAACUGUGCACGCCAAAGAUGGCGGAAUCCCCCUUGUCGCAGAAGGACGUAGACGCGGUGGAGGGGUCCAAAAAUCCUCAUCCGGUCCUUCAAAGCCCUCAAUCACUAUCGAUCCGGCGACGCUGGAGCAGAUCGAGGCAAGCAGCGAUGGUAUGGUCGACCUUGAAACUGCAGCCAUGUUGAUGACAGACUUCCAACAUAAGGCUGCAGCAGCGGCGACUGGCCAGGUUUCCGAGCGAUCCGAAUCGUUGUCCCCGGGUCGUGGCUCUUUUGAGCCCUACCUGUCCGGCAACGCCACCCUUCCCCAAAUGCCUUGGGAUACGCUCGCCUCUCCCGCUGAUCACGGCUCGAUACCCACGUUCGUCGACCGUCACGGCCCCAUCGGAGACCUCUUGUCCAACUCCCUUCCCAUGUCUGGCAAUUCUACCCCGAACGCGCUGUCCCCGUACCCAUCCAUGACCGGUCCUGUUAGCCCUGUUAACUAUCGUCGGUCACCCGGUCCUAGCCAGGCUUUGACUCUUCCCAAGGCUCCUCAAAUCGCCGACGAGAUGGAGCGCAACUUAGUCGUCGAGCGCAUCCAAGGCGCGGAUACCCUUGGUGCUCUGCCCGAGACGUUCCAACUUCCGGCCACCACUUCAUUGAACCGGUAUCUGUCCACAUACUUCAAUCUGUACCAUCCACACUUGCCGUUCCUUCAUCAGCAGUCUUUUAAUCCUACUACUGCCUCGGCUCCUCUGCUGCUCGCAGUUCUGUCUAUUGGUGCUCUGUAUACUUUUGAGCGCGAUAACUCUUUCAUGCUUCACGUGGGUUCCAAGGUCCUGGUCAACCAGUUCCUCCAGCACAAGGACAACUUUGAUUCUCGCAAGUGUCCUUUGUGGUUGAUGCAGAGUAGCCUGCUAAACAUGGUCUUCGAAAGCUGGAGCGGUGAUCCCAAGGGUCUUGAAUGGACCUGCUCCAUCAAGAGUCUUCUGGCCAACAUGGUCGCGGGUAAUCGCUAUCAGCUCAAGGUGCGCACCGAGGCUCGCCAGGGUAUCAAGCCUUCUCGGGAGGAAUGGAUCGAGGAUGAGUCAUGCCGCCGCACAUACUUCGCGGUGUACAUCUUCUUUGGUAUGCUGACAUUGACCUUUAACCACACUCCUGCUAUGAGCUUCGACGAGUUCGACACCCUCGAACUACCCUCCUCCGAGUCUCUUUGGAACCUUGACGCGUCCGACGACGAUGCUUGGCACCGCAGCGUCGGUGCCAACACUCUCACUGUUCGCGAGGCCCACGACUUCCUGUUCCAGGGCGAGCAGACCCGCUACAGCGCCUUUGCUACCCGCGUUCUCAUCAACGCCCUCUUCCUUCAAGUCUGGAAUCACAAGCGCAGCUUCGAGGCCCUGCAAGAUGUUGUUACCGAGUACAAGCUCCGCCUCGCCCUAGAGACCUGGGAGAGCUCCCUCGAGGUUUGCGAGUCUGAAACCAUUGUGGUCCCGCUCAGCACUCCCCAAAAGGGCCAUCCCCUCAUCUUUAAUUCCAUGGCCGUCUAUCGUAACACUCGCGCUCGCUUGGAAGUUGAUCUCAAGUCCAUCCAAGAGGCCAUGCGCUAUCACUCCUCGUACGAGGUUGCUGCUGCCAUGACCGUCGCCCGCGAGAAGGUCAAGCGUGGUCAGGAGAUGAACAAGGUCGUGCAGCAGUGCUUUGAGUGUAUUGAGAUCGCGGCCAUUCAAGGAAUCAACUGGGUUGCCAAGACCUCCGCCACCAACUGGAGUGUCGAGCACCCUCUCUGCGGCCUCGAUCUGAUGGUCAUCCUGAGUCUCUGGCUCUACCGCCUGGAACAUGACGACGAGCCGGCGACAGAGGCUGAGCUGGCCAUCUACAAUAAGGUUCGGAACCUGUUCGACGACGAUGCCAUCGACGCUUUUGGCAAACUCAGUUCCACCGUCGCCCGUGUUUGGGGUAACAUCCUUGACGGCGUGGUUGUCUGGGGAAUCACCAAGUUGAUGGGCGAAUCGUUCAAGCUUCACUCCCAGGCCCUGGUCGGCUACGAAGAUUCUCUGCGUGUCGCAAAGGAUCAGCCGAUCCACGCAGUGCCAACCAAGUCGCUCGCCAGCGUCGGCACUGCGUACUAA